CAUAGUUUCAGCCAGGUUCUACAGCCAUCUCAUCGAGGAAUAGCGUCGGUGUCAGCCCCCGUCAAUUACGAUGGCCCCUCUAUCAGAAUGCAAGUUGGUGGAAAAAGGGAGUAUGGACGAUUGAACGUAUAAGUAUCGGAGUGAACGUCUCCAAGACAGAAUCAUCUCAUCACCUUCAUUCAGUCUCUCAUUUGCUUGACGCAUACCACUUUCACUACUUUACCUUCUUCAUAUAUACUUUUCAAGAAUCCUCUUUCGACUUCCAGUCCCAAUCCAACAAUCAUCAAAAUGAAGUUCACCAUCGCUGCCUCCAUCGCUGCCCUCGUGGCCACCGCUGCUGCCGGUCCUGCUGUCGCCGCCCCUGAGGGUUUCUCCAGCCUCACCAAGCGUGCUGGCCUCCCUAUCCCUGCCUCCAAGGGCACCGUCACCUUGAAGAAGCCCCAGUCUGUUACCGGCGUCUUUGACGGUGGGUUCAAGACCUACGGCCGUGGUGUCUCUUGCAGUGGCCAGAAGGAGGGCGGUGACGCUGAUGCCGUCUUCAUCGUCCAGAAUGGCGGUACCCUGAGGAAUGUCAUCAUUGGCAAAGACCAGGUUGAGGGUGUUCACUGCGCUGGUGCUUGCACCAUCGAGAACGUCUGGUGGGUUGACGUUUGCGAGGAUGCUCUCUCCAUCAAGGGUAACGGCAAUGCUCUCAUCAAGGGCGGAGGUGCCCAGAGCGCUUCCGACAAGGUCAUCCAGCACAACGGACAAGGCACCGUCACCAUCGACGGCUUCACCGUCAUGGACUUCGGCAAGCUUUACCGUGCUUGCGGUAACUGCAAGAACUCUGUCUCUCGCAGCGUCGUCGUCAAGAACGUCAAGGCCUACAACGGCAAGGUCCUCACUGGAAUCAACCCCAACUUCGGUGGAACCUCCACCAUCUCCGGCACCUGCGCUACCAACGUCAAGACCAUCUGCGAGGAGUUCCAGGGCACCAAGCCCGGCUCCGAGCCCAAGUCCGUCAGCAAGGGCCCCUCCAACAACUGCAAGUACGCUGCCGCCUCCAUCAAGGCUUGCUAGACGUCUACUUCAGCUUGCUGGAAAGGCUCAAUGAGAACCACAGUCACAGGCGGUGGAAGCAUUGAACCAUUGGUCCGUCAUGCUUUGAUGCGACAAUAAUUCACUGGGAGCAUUGAUAGCUUUGAAAGCGGAUCUUUGUAUAUAUUUUCGAACUUCUAAAUAACAUGCCGAGCAUGCAAUACAUUUUCUUCUUCAC